GUCUCGUGUGUCUAGUCGACCGGACGGACGUGAUAGUUUAUCUAGUGAAGCCUAUCCGCGAUCGAAUUUCUCGAUUGGCAAAAAACAACCAUUCGCCAUCAGAACUUUCAUUCUUUUUGCUUGUGUGUGAUGUGUUUUACCAGCACGUGUCAACAUGAACAACUCGGAUUAAAUUUCUUUGUGGAUUAAUUUUUCGACUUGGCAACUAGUAUAAACGCAGGCAUCAUGGCGAAUAAGGGACCAAAAUCGCCUAGUUCACCCGGCCACCAAUUGUACGACCAACAUCUCAUGGAAAUUCAAUACGAGCGAGAAGACGUCCAAAAGAAAACUUUUGGAAAGUGGAUCAAUUCACAGUUGAUAAAAAUAAAUUUUUCUUUGGUGACGGACUUGUUUUACGAUCUCCGCGAUGGAACGCGAUUACUGGCCCUACUGAGCGUGUUGACUGGUCGAACUUAUAAACCGGAAAAAGGGCAUAUGAGAGUCCACCACUUAAACAAUGUCAGCUCCGCAUUUCGACUGCUAGACAAACACAACGUUAAGUUGGUGAAUAUCAGCUCCAACGACAUUGUCGACGGUAAUCCCAAACUAACUUUGGGACUGGUUUGGAGCAUCAUUCUUCACUACCAGGUACAAGACGUUCUGAAGGGAAGCAUGGCUGAGCUACAGCAGUCAAGUUUGGAUAAAACCUUAUUGAGCUGGUGUCAGGAAGCUACGAAGGACUACGCUGAGAUCGCCAUAACCAAUUUUACAACUUCGUGGUCAGACGGGUUAGCCUUUAUUGCCUUGAUUCAUCGAUUCCGUCCAGAUCUUUUUGAUUAUGAAUUAGUCAGCCGAAAGCCGGCAAACGCACGCCUUGAAUACGCUUUUCGCAUGGCCAACAAGCACUUAGAGAUAGCGCGUUUGUUAGAUCCAGAAGAUGUGAACACAUCCAAUCCUGACAAAAAGUCAAUCAUGAUGUAUGUUAUGUGCCUUUAUCAAGCCUUACCUCAUGCCAAAGUUCCCUUGGUUCCAGCCAAUGGUAACAGUCCAGCAGAGACAACGACAGAAUCUUCCAGCGCUUCGGCGAGUCGGAAGAGCAGCAGUAACGAACCAGUUGAUUUCACGGCCUAUCAGACUUUAAUGGAAGAAGUACUGGUGUGGCUAUUGGCAGCUGAAGAUCACUUGGAUUCGGCAACUACAGUCUGUGGCGACCUGCAAAGUGUCAAAGAACAAUUCCACAAGCAUGAAGAGUUCUUACUCGAGUUGACCUCCCAGCAAGGAAGUGUAGGAGCUGUGUUACAUGAAGGAGCACGUUUAGUGAAGGAAGGCGAAUUAAGCAACGAAGAAGCCGAUGAAAUUCACAUUCAAAUGAGGCUCUUGAAUUCGCGAUGGGACCAAUUACGAACGAAAUCCAUGGACCGACAGGCUCGCAUUCAUGAAACCUUGACAAAACUCCAACAAGACCAGCUAGAAAGGUUGCGUCAGUGGUUGACCGCGACAGAGGAUCGUAUUUCUCAGUUGGCUGCUGUUUCUCAGCCAGAAAGUUUGACUGCAGCCGCUGAAAUGCUGGAAGAUCAUCAGUCCCUACAGCGGGACUUGGAGGCUCAGCAAGAACACGUUAAUGCCUUGUCCAACAUGGUCGUUAUUGUUGACGAGUCUGCCAGUGACAACUGCGCUCAAAUGGAGGAUCAACUUUCAGCCUUGGGAGAAAGGUGGAGUCAUGUGUGCAGGUGGGCUGAACAAAGGGCAUCGGCCCUUCAUCACUUGUCAAAUCAUUGGGAGCAGUUGGACGCGGAUUUAAUGCGUCUCAAGAGCUGGCUGGCCGCCCAUGAACAUUCGCUCAGACUCAUCGAAACGAACCCCAGUACCGAUAGGUCUCAAAUGAUUGAUGUCGCGCGUCAACUUCAAUUGUUGGAACGUGACAUGGAGCCUCAUGUUCAGCGUUUGAGCCAAUUACAAGACAACAUUCAGCGGCUUCCUUCCUUAAUACAUGCCGUCACUGUCAAGGAGAAUAGUAAGAAGAUCCAACCAGUUGGCAAUUACAAAUGUGUGGAUCGAUUGUCUUCGGACGUGGAAAAUUUUGAAGAUAGAAUCGAAGCUUUAAAUGAAAUAAUGGAAGCACAGAGACAAAGAUUAGCGAAAAGUGGUGUUGAACUGACCAUGAUUGUCUUACCGCCUGACAUUACGACCUCAUUGACAGUAUUUGGAAGCAAUGACGGAAUUAAUAAUUCUUUUAGAUGUGAAGAGGAGGCCACCUCCAUCAAGAAACGCAAGUUAGAUUCUGACAGGCGUUUCCAAUUUGAAGAAACGAUUAAGACGGCAAAAGAGCAUUUAGAGCAAAUGGAAGUUUUGCUCGAAGGAGAUUCAAACUCAGAAGACCUUGAGAAGCGUCACGUCGAAAAUAAACCCUUGUUAGAUCAUGUCCUCAAAUCCGGUCAUGUCCUACUUGAUGAAUUGCAAAAUGAAGCUAGCGAAAGUUUUUCGGUUGAAGAUACCAUGAGUUCCAUUACCGAGCGCUGGCUAUUUGUUGAAGAGUUACUGACACAGAAGAGCGCCAACCAACAGGAAACUGAUUGGUUGGUCAAGGCCAAAAAUUGUGAAAAGGAAAUUAACGAAACCCUUAGUGUUGUGAACAAACUCAAUUGUGUGGAAGAACGGAAUGUAGAAACAUUAUCUAAAUUACAAGCAAAAUUACAAAUGGCCACAGAUCAAAUAAACAAACUCGCAUCAGGUGACGUCGAAAACGGCGAGAAUCUCGAAACUACGGUAAAAUCACUCAAAUACAAAGUGAAUCAAUUGGAAUCAAGAGUAUCCGAAUUUGAAAAAGACGUUGUAUUAUACAAACAACUUAAAGAUGAAAGUCAAAGUUUAGACAAUUGGAUGGCCGAAGUGCAAAAUUUUCUUACUGCCGAAGACGUGGGUUGGGGAGAUGUUGAAGUCCUUGAGGCUCAACUUGAACAAUCCAACGCAUUGCAAGAUGACGUGAAAAUCCUGGAGCCUAGUGUUGUCAACGUCAAGCACGUAAUUUCAUUACUAGCUCCAAAGGUGGACGAAGAAUUAUCGGCGGAGAUGAACAAAAUCAGUGAGCGCCUUGCAACGACAUGGAUAACCGUUAUUGCCGGCGCCUUGCAAAAAAAUGGUGUUCUGGCUACCGCACUGAGUUUAACGCGGCAGACAGUCGAAGGCAUUGAAUCGACUAACGUUUGGUUAAACGAAUUGGAACUGGAAAUUCCCCCGCCGGCAGUGAUUAAUUCGACGUCUGAAUUGUCACAGACGCUGAGAAAACUGAACGCUUUAAAAAAUCGUGUCGAUUUGAAAACGAGCGAAUACAAAUGUUUCAGUGAAGCAGGUAAUGCGGUUGUGGCCAAUCCUCUUGUCAGCAAUGUAGAACUGAAAGAUAACCUCCGGCAGCUGAGUCAAAGAUGGAACGAUGUGUCUGGUGGCGUUCUUGAUAGGCAACGAGCCCUGAAAGCUGCUUCCCAUCACUAUGGAGAAUUCAAAGUUUUGACUGCACAGGAGUGCGAUUGGCAAGAUAAGUUGGAGAAGAAAUUGAUGCGUUCCACCACAUUGGCCGCUGAUGCCGAAGAGAUAUCGGAAGAGCUCGAUGAUUUGGAAAACUACAUGAAGAAUCGACCGAAAGCACGGAUAUUGCGGAUCGAAUCGAUGGGUAGUGAGCUGGUUUCGUUGAACAUUAUGACCGACUCUGUAGGAUCCGAAGUAAAAUCACUGACUGAUCGAUGGGUUACUCUCGAAGAAAAGGCCAAAGCGAAAGCGGAAUGGCUGGAAAAACGAGUCCGAGGAGCCCAGCAGUGCGAACAACGGCUGGUACAAUUGCAUAGUGCUAUCAGCUCAAUCGAUGCGGAGCUCUGCUCAUCCCUGGAGCAAGAUCUCUAUGGGGACGAACUUCCCGAACUAAGCCAGCGUCUUAGCCAAGAUAUCGCACAGCAAGAGGCUCUGUUAUCUGAAAUUCGCCACGAAGAGGAAGACUACGAAGCCGAGGGAAGAAAAGAGGCUGCAAACCGUCUCCAUGAACAGCUCUCCUUCAUCGAGGCUACGCUGCAAGACGUCAGGAAUAAGUUUCGAAAGUUUCAAAAUCCAUCUGAAUUGGAACCGCGACUAGAGCGUAUGCUAAGGGUCUUGAGAGAUCUUGAGCAGAGUAUGUGUUACAUUGAACUGGCUUCCGACGAUUGCGAGGCCAUCGAAGGACAACUAAACAACUGCAUUCGCUUUUACGCUAGUCUGAGCGAUAUCAAAACUGAGGUGGAAGCAGUUUUGCGCGAAGGUCGCCAGCAGGUUGAAGACGAAUUGGUGGAGGAUAAGCUCACUGUGAGUGCAGAGCUGGAUGCGAUGAAAGCGCUGUACAAUCGACUCGGAGAACAAGUGGCGGUUGCCAGAGAGACCCUGGAAAGGGCUCUGCAGCUAAGCUAUCAAUUAAAUUUGGACCUCAAUUCUAUGGCCGACUGGCUCAAUAACCUGGUAACGGAUAUCCACAAGACAGAAGAUACCUUUGUCGACAACCCAAACCCAGUCGAAGAAAUUCGCUUUUACGAGAAAUGCCUCGACGACAUGGUUAGCAGUCAGCCCAAGAUGGAUAGUAUUCGGGACAAUUACGGAGCUUUCUGUGGACUCUGUGAACCAAGCUUGCUUGAAAUGCUGCGCGAGCGAGUCGAAGACAUCACGCAAGAGUGGCAACGCAUCGAAGAACGUCUUAAGAACAAAAUCGUCAGUCUCAAGGGCGAGGGUGACCCUGACGUUUUUGAAGAGGCUGAAGAACCUACAUCUCCGCAUUUGCCGCAACAAAAUCGAAACGGCGACGUGCCCAUCCGCAUGUACCGCAGUGUAGUACUGACAUCAGUCCGCCAGUUUACUGAUCCCGGAUCGCCCCCUAUACAAAAGGCUUGUUUGGAACUGCCAGCAUCGCCGACUCUCACUGAAGAUAUGGAUCCUAAAGACCUUACCAUCGAUGGAGAAUCUGAAGAGCCUAAUGCAUUCAAAGACGACGAGAUGGAUGGACCUGGUCGAUCGGAUUCUGCGGACACUCUAGGCUACUUUAAUGCGGCCUUUGAAGAUUUUGACGAACAAGAAAAGGAGGCCUAUGCACAUGAGCGUACUAGCAGGAGUGGCCUGGAAGUCAUCCGUGGUAACGUGGAAGAUUUCAAUGAAGAGGAUGAAGAAAUGAUGAUCGAUUCCACUUCGUCGUCCGACCGUUCCAGUCAGUCGUCCGAAUCUGGCAGCGUUAAAAAUUUUGAAAAUCCAAAUACUGAAAACCAUCAAAUCCAAAUUCUUAAACUGGAUGAAUCGUACGUCGUUGAAGUCCAAGCCGGCAAUUUACCCAGUCCCGAGUUACCGAGCAUGGAAGUUCUGAACUCCAGACCCAUUACUCCGGACGAUUUUCUCACGCCGGAAGAAGAGGCUUGGACCUAUCCAACAAUAACAGUUGAUGAAGAACACCGAAGCGUGACCACUGUCGUAGAGCGUGUUGAGGAAGUGACCGUCCAAAACCAAGUGACUUUCGAACAGUUGGUCAUUGAACGUUUCAACUUUCAGAAACUUCCAAACACGUCACAAGAUCCUUGCGAUUCUCCCAUCACCACUGGCACUCCUCCAUCUACACCGGCAAUGGUAGAGCUGAAUGCUCUUUAUCAAGCUUUUUCCAAUGCUUCCGCCAAGGCCGAUGAUGUUGAUCGGGAAGAAGUUCCAUUUGUACAAGAGGCUCUACCUCCUGAUGUUGUAACAGUCAUCGAGGACGACCAGAUAAAAAUGUUACACUCCGCUGAGGUAGUAAAGGAUGCUGAUAAUGUAGAAGAAGAAGUUACAGUCGUGAGAGCCGUCCAGGCAGAAGUUAUAGAUAUGGAUGAGGUAAUAAAGGCCGUCGAUAGUGUAGUCGUGAAAGAGAUCCAGCCUGAAAUUCUAGAAGAUCCCAUUGAAGUAAUGGUCGUUGAAGUUGACGAAGAUGUCCCAGCUCAUUUUGAUGAUCAGCUUCAAGUGUUGGCGAAUUCUCGCAGUCAAAUAACAAUUUCACCUCACGAUUCGUCAGAGAGCAGUUCCAGUUCCUCUUCAGACAGCGAAGAUGAAGAAGAAAAAGAUAUUCCCGUUGUUGCAGAAGAAGAAAAAGAUAUUCCCGUUGUUGCAGAAGAAGAAAAAGAUAUUUCCGUCGUUGCAGAAGAAGAAGAAGACCAGCUUAAAGUUUUACCUGCCAUUAUUGACGUUAAGAUGGAGGAAGUUUCAGUCGCUGUAAACGAAGAAAUUAAAGUUUUGGAAGAUGCCGUUGACGUUGAUGACGCCAAUCAACAAGAGGUUACAGCAGUUAAGGACGUCCAGGAUGAAGUUAUGGAGGAUCCCAUUGAGAUGAAAGUUGAGGAAAUUGAAAACAAAGUUCUAGCCAUUGAUGAUGAACAAACCCAAGCUACAGAGGAAUCUGCUGAAAUGGAGACAACCGAAGUCGGCAAUAAAGUUCCAGCCAAUGAAGAUGUACAGCCCGAAAUAAUGGAGGAAUAUUUUGAAAUGAAGGUUGACGAAAUUGACAACAAAGUUCUUUACAUCGAAGAAGAGCAGCCUCAAGUUUUGGAAGAUGUUAUUGCGAUCGACAAAGGAGUGCAAGAAAAUGUCUCUGUCGUAGAAGAUGUCGAACCCCAAAUCGUGGAAGAUCCUGUUGAAGUAAUGGCCAAUCCUGUUGAGGAAAUAAUCACAUCCUUAGAAGAAAACCAGCCUCACGUUUUGGAAGAGCUUCAAGGUGAAUUACAGUCCGAAUCAUCCUUCAGCAACUCUUCUUUGAAAGGCGAUAUCGAAGAAGAAACAACAAUUGACCAACAAUUACCUGCAGUCGAAGAAAUCAAAUUAGAAGUCAAAAUUGUCGAAGAAAUUAAAGUUGAAGAAAUUAAAGUCAAAGAAAUUAAAGUCGAAGAAAUUAAAGUCGAAGAAAUUAAAGUCGAAGAAACUAAAGUCGAUCAAAAAAAAAUUCUACUCGUUGAAGAUCCAAUCGAGAUCGACGAAAUGAAAGAAAAUGUUUCUGCUGAAGUCGACGUAAUUGAAGAAUUAGAUCCUAUUCAAGUGGAAAACGUUAAAGAAGAAGAUGCCACAGCUGUGAAUGACGAGCAACUUGAAGUCACGCAAGAACCCCAUGUUGACGUUGUUAUGUCACAUACUCGUUCAUCAUCGAGCAGCUCGUCCGAGAAAGAUUUGGAGGAAGAAAAAGGCCAGGUCGUUGAGGUCAGCGAGGAUAUCCAUCUUCACGUUGUGCCUUCCAUUGAGGUUACAGCCCAAGACAGCCAGGCUCCAGCCACCGAACCACUUUUGGAAGAGCCUAUUGCGAUCGAUGAUCUCAAAGAAGAAGGAGAAGAAGUCAUAAUUGUUAAAGACGAGCAACUUCACGUUGUGGAAGAAAUCCCGAAUGUUGACGUGGCCUUGUCGAAAACCGUUUCUUGCUCGACCUCGAGCAUCUCUUCGUCAAAAAGCGAUAACGUCCAAGAAGAAAUUCCCAUUGUUGAAAACAUUGCCGUGUUGGAUAAUCCUAUUGAGGUUGACGAAGGGCCAAUCAAAUCCGAUAGCACCGAAACUAUAUCAGUUUUGAUUGAUGGUGAAAAGGAAGCGAUUGUUCUGAAGUGUCCACUCGAUCAAAAUCGUCCGCUCGAAGCGGAUCUUGAUAUUUCAAACCAGACAGGAAGCAUCCUAUUAGCUGCAAACGAAGUGAGUGGAGAGGAUGCGAACGAUCCCACACAGCGAGGGCUGUCGGUCAGCAAUGUCAGGCCGCCACGUAAAGUCUCGCGUGACGAAGGGACUCAGACGGACUUUUGCGGUUACACUGGCCGCUUGCAUGUUUCCACUCCUGUCCAACCGGCAGAACUUACGUCGAUAAUCCAACCCCAAACAAUCCCAUUGCAGGUGGAAGAGAUGCAGGCGACGACAACGGCAGACACGGAGGUUGAACCACCAGCGGCCGUGACGACCUUACAGGAAAUCGAUGCCGAUUUAAAUCGUUUGGUAGCUUCCAUGGAAGCCGCCGAAGAAAUCUCUACGCUCUCGGAUGGCGAAGUCUUUGCCGCCGGAGUCAUUGUUGCAGAAUCCAAAGCCAACGAGGAUGUUGACAGUUUCUAUGGUAGUGACAAGGAGAUUGACAGCGAGGUGGUUUUCUCCCAUACCGAUUCAUCAUCGAGCAGCUCCUCUUCGUCUGAGAGCGACAUCGAACCGGAUCAAACUGAACAGCAGAAAAAAGGAGAAUCGCCCGUCAUUGUUGUGCAAGAGUCUCCGCUGGAGAAAGAGAUUGCCGAAUUCAAUGCGGAAGUGAAGCUGAUGUCGCGGAGGAUUGAUGAAGUCAGUGCCAAGUUCUCACCGUCUUCCCCCAAUGAUCUCGAGAGUGCCGAAAUGGAAUUGUCUUUGCUGGAUCCAGACGUUGCGACGCUCAUCAGUCGUGGCGAUAGUCUAGUCCUUCAAGUGCAGAAAGUGGACCUGGAACGUGCCCUGCGUAUCAACACGACCACGGGUGAAUUGCGUGUGGCCCGCACUGCCCUCAAAGCCAGCAGCGAGGUGCGGCGCCAACGUCAGGUGGAGCAAGAGCUGACCCUUAAGGACUGCCAAAAGAAGACGGAACAGCUGCAGCUCUGGUUGGCCAAUAUCGCCCAAACGUUGGAUCACGUGACGCGCAUCAACGAUCAAUCCCAAAUAGAGUCGUUGGAAGAGGAGCUCAACCGACGGCAGAGCGACAUUCGCCAGCUGACCGAAGCGGCCGGCAAGUUGAAGGAGCAGCAAGUGCUCGAGUACCAGGCAUUGAUCAGUUCGUUGACGAUACGCUGGCAGGAUCUACAACGGCAAUUUGUCGACUUCCAGACAAAGGAAUCGUCGGCGCUCGCUGCCGAUCUAUCCGACGACAUGGGCGGACCAGAUUUCGUGACUCGUGUCAACAAACUCCGCGAAGCUAUUGCUUCCGUCUCGCGCCAGAUGCACAGUCCACCUCUCAAUUUGAAGCACUACGAGCAGCUUAGCGGCCAAGAAGACUCCAUCAAGGUCGUCAAGACUGCGCUCUACACGCUCAAGGGCGAUGUCGAUACUUAUAAUCGCGAGAAAGACGAUGCCGUCGAAGCCGCUGAGGCCCAACAGCAAAAGGAGCAGAUCCAGCGCGUCCUGGACAAGUUGAGAGAAGAAUGGACCUUAUUGAACCGGACCUUCGUCGAAAAGCAAGCUCGAGUGCAUCAAUCGCAGACCACAUGGCGGACACUUCACGCCGACAUGAAGGAUUUCGAGGAUUGGCUAACCGCAGCCGAAUCGUCGCUGGUCAACCUGCAAAGUGAAAUCCACAAUCGGGCUGAAAGGAAGGAAAAACUGAAAGAGCUCGAGUCGCAAGUGACCGCCCGUCAUAAGGUGAUGAGCAACAUAACGUCGACAUGCCGCGAGGUGGCCGCCGAAUGCAGCACUGCUGAUGCUGUCCUACUGCGGGAGAAACAGGAUAUGCUGGGAAAAAGGUGGAGGUCACUUCUCUCCGGAUUGGCCGCCGUUCGUCAGCGGUUGACUUCGCUGGAUGGUAGCCCCUUACCGGUUGCCAAAUUGACUCCAUUAGUCAUGUCACCGCCAAAGAAAGAUGAAUCCAACGGUUCGGAAUCGGAUCUGACUGUCCACAGCGCAAAAGAGACGCCACCGACGACUCCCAGCACCAUUGUCGCUAGUCUGGACAAAUCAAUUCUGCAGAUCCGAGAUUGGCUUACGGUUUUGGAAACGAUGCUGAAACAGCAAGUGGCCAUCGUUGGCGAUAGCGACGACGUCCUUAUGCUUCUGGAGAAACAAAAGAAUGUCUUACGAGAACUGGAGCAGAAGAAACCACAAUUGGACGAGCUCGUCCAGACGGCCGAAAGUAUUAAGGAUGGAGCACCGCCCACCGGCGGCAAACAGUUACCGGCACAAGACAUGACGUCACUCCCACCAUUACUCUACCACCUGCGAACGUGCUUAAGAGUUAGCAAACUACGUGAACAUUGGGAGGAAACGGCCAGCGCCGUGACAGCUAGGCGGAAUCAACUGGAAGAGUUAUUGACGGAUUCACAUCAAUUUGAAAGACGGAAGCAAGACGUGGACCAAUGGCUCGGUCGAAUGGAAAAUCGACUUUCGAAAUUGGCCCCCGUCGCCGGUACCGCCGAUUUGAUUGACACUCAACACCGCGAACAAAAGGUCCUUCACAACGAGAUCCAGCAAUACAAAUGUCAAGUGGAGCAAUUGACUCAAUUAUCCGACAAGCUGGUAUCCAGCUACCCGCAUGAUGACACAAGCCGGGCAGUCCGUACCAACGAUAACCUCAAUCAACGCUACUCAGUUCUCCAUACGGGAGUGAACGCAAGAGGACGGGCCUUAAAUGCGGCUAUGAGCUCGCUGCACAGUUUCGACCGAUCACUGGACAAGUUCAUGGCCUGGCUAUCGGACACGGAAUCGGCACUGGAAUCGCUCGAACUGGAGCUGGACAGCUACGGACCGGGUGUCAAGACGUCUCGCGAACGCGCGCUGAUGCAGCUCAAGGAACUGUCGGUGGAAUUGGACGGGCGACGUGACGAACAAGCCGGAUUGGCCGGGGCGGGACAGCGUCUCAUCAACACGCUCAGCGACGAAGAUUACCGCAGUAACGGGCAGAAACAUCAGCAGAGCAGUCACGACGAUGCUCUCAUGCUCCGCCAGCGAUUGGACGACAUGAAUCGCAGAUGGCACGGGCUAAGAGCCAAAACGGUGGCCAUCAGGAAUCGUCUGGAAAACAACACGGAGCAUUGGAACGCGCUGCUGCUGUCGCUUCGCGAACUCAUCGAAUGGGUCAUCCGCAAAGACACGGAAUUGACCGGAUUGGGACCGAUCCGCGGUGAUCUAUCAACGCUGGUCAAGCAACAAGAUGAUUUCAGAGCGUUCCGAAGACAGCUGGAUGAUAAACGACCGUUGAUCGAGCAGAGCAUCUUAACCGGGAGACAGCUUGUAGCCAAUGAAGCGCCACUCUCUGACGCCAGCGAUUCGGAAGCUGCCAACCGGGACCUUCUGCCGGGUGAUUCACGCGGUUACCGCAGCGCCGAAGAGGCAGCACGCGAGUUGACACAAGGCAUUCGGCGCGAAGUGACCAAGUUGGCCGAACGAUGGGCCGCCCUGCGUGAUCGCACUGAACGAUGGAACGUUGACUUGGACACCACCACAAACCGAGUGCAGCAAUUGCAGGCCAGCAUGGACGACGCUUCGAACCGGCUCGUUCCUGCCGAAACGACUCGCUCCAAGUGGAUCAAUCCGACCGAAUUGAGUCCUCAGCAAGUCCAGCAGCACAUGGAUCAAUUGAAGGAACUAAGCGAUAAAAUUGCCCCAGUCCAGCUGACGAUUGAGGAAGUCAACGACCAGGCAGCCCGUUUGGCCGAUUCCGGCGUCCCAUUAUCUCACGCCAAUCUUUCCAGACUAGAAGAUCUCAAUUCUCGGUGGAAAGUGUUACAGUCUUCGAUGGACGAUCGAUACCAACAAUUGUGUGGCGUUACCCGAGACGGUGCGCUUAGUGGUCCGUUGCUGCACAGCUUCUUGGCCUCGUCGGUCGACCGGCCCUGGGAGAGAUCCGUCACGGAAGCCGACGUUCCUUAUUACGUCAAUCACCAAACGGAGACUACUCAUUGGGACCAUCCUCAGCUGGAAGAAUUGAUGAAUUCAUUGUCCGAGUUCAAUGACGUCCGCUUCUCAGCUUACCGGAUGGCUCUCAAGUUGCGACGCGUACAGAAGUUCCUAUGCCUGGAUAAACUUGAACUGAACACGGCCAUCGACACUUUUGACGCUCACGGUCUCCGGGCGCAGAACGACAAAGUGAUUGACAUCCCUGAUAUGGUGACUGUCCUCCGUUCACUGUACGAAGUUGUUGUCACAGCCUACCCGGGCGAGAUUCGCCUACCCCUCGUCAUUGACUUGUGUCUCAACUGGAUCCUUAACGUUUACGAUAGUCAAAGAUCAGGCGAAAUUCGAGUCCUCUCCUUCAAAGUAGUCAUCACUUUGAUGUGCCGUGGCCAUUUAGAGGAUAAAUACCGAUAUUUGUUUCGACUAAUCGCCGAUCCCAAUCGAUUGGUUGAUGCACCUAAACUGGGUGUUCUCUUACACGAUUGCGUUCAAAUGCCGCGAGAAUUGGGUGAAGUGGCCGCAUUUGGUGGAUCAAACAUCGAGCCGUCGGUCAAAUGUUGUUUCGACAAGGCCGGCAAACAACGACAGUCCAUCGAGGCCGUUCACUUUUUGGCUUGGAUGAAACGGGAACCGCAGAGCGUCGUGUGGCUCCCAGUUCUCCACCGUUUGGCCGCAUCAGAAUCGGCCCGUCAUCAAUCCAAGUGCAACGUUUGCAAGGCUACUCCCAUCAUCGGAUUGAGGUACCGAUGCCUCAAGUGUUUAAGCUUCGACAUGUGCCAGACCUGUUUUUUCACGGGGCGAGUUUCAAAGCAUCACAAAUUGACUCAUCCAAUGCAAGAGUAUUGCACAACGACCACGUCGGGAGAGGAUUUGAAAGAUUUCACUCGCACCCUGCGCAACAAAUUCAAGUCUAAGCGCUACUUUAAGAAACAUCCUCGUUUGGGUUAUUUGCCCGUUCAGACGGCUCUGGAAGGGACCGCCACUCCGUCGGAUGCUCAAUCGGAAAUCUCUUCUCAGAUGCAGUCUAGCGUGGCGCAAGAUGUACUUGUGCAUUCAGCAGCCACGUCCGUUAUAGACGGCAUCCACAAAGAUUUCACACCGGAAUCGGAGGAUGAACAUCAGCUCAUUGCUCAGUACUGCCGAUCUUUGAACGGAGACGCUCUUGGCAUGUCAAUGGGAGUGGCCCCGAGGAGCCCGGUUCAACUAUUAGCCGCACUUGACUCUAAUCACAAGGAAGAAAUCGAAACAAUGAUUCGUGAGCUCGAAGAAGAAAACGCCACGCUUCAAGCCGAAUACGAACGUCUGCGUUCACAGCAAUCACCUUCCAUGUCUUUUUCAUUCUCUUCUUCUCCCGAUGAUGCCACGCCCAUCCCGCAUCAAGGUGGGGCCUCGUCGUCUGGCAAUCACACGUCAGAAGUUGAGAGAGACAUGUUGGCUGAAGCUCGUCUAUUGAGGCAGCACAAGACUCGAUUAGAGGCUCGAAUGAAAAUACUGGAAGAACACAAUCGCCAACUGGAAACUCAGCUCAGCCGGCUUCGACAGUUGCUGGAUGAGCCUGGAGGAAAUGGCCGAGAAAACUCGUCGCCGGCCAAGACAGGAACUUUGCAGACCAGGUCAGUCACAGCUGCUCACCUCGCAACCGAUACCCCCGUGCGGACCAAUGGACAUGACAAAAAUCAUUCUUGGGCCGAACACGGUGUAGCCGAUAGACUGGAAACCAGACCUCCUCCACCACCUCACGGUAUUUCCACCAAUCCAAACACGUACAAUGCGCAGAACGUAGGCAACCUUCUUUUCAUGGCAGGUGACUUGGGAAAAGCUGUUGGUUCUUUGGUGAACGUGAUGACGGACGCCAACGAUCAAUCUCCAGGACUAACAGAUGAAGAGGAUUGAAAAUCGCAAGAAAAUCGUUGCUCGUGUUUAAAUGACAUGUAGAAAGUUAUUGUUACUGUUCAUGAGUUGACACAGAAUGAAGCAAAAAAAGAAGAAUUGGAAACACGCUGCUUAUGUAAGGGGCUGUUCUUCCAUUAUGUUUUAUAUCAUGUUAUCGGUUUUAAAACCUCCUGCCCUAUUCAUGUCAUUCAUACUUUAUGAGUGAUUUAAUAUGUCAUUCUCUUUCCUUUUGUCAAUUUUUUUUUGUCUUCUUCUCUUUGCCACUGUCUUUGGGAGUAGAAGUGUGACAGCUGCCCUGUUUCUGUAGGUUUACUAGUUAACAUCCAGUUUAACAUAUCAUGUAGUUUCAAACAACCACAACAAUUCUGAGGGCAUCUAUUCCUCUAUGGCACACUAAAUAAAACCAACAGGCCUCUGUUUUACAUGGAA